AGACCAAUGAUGCUACAGCACCUAACACUCCUGCUGGACUGUCCUCUUGUUAUCGUUGCCAUUUUCAUCUCGGGCAUCGGCGGGACAUUUCAGUAUGGAUUCGGAAUAUCUGUGGUGACAUCCCCUUCUGCUUACCUCAAGGAGCUGAUGAACCAAACAUGCAUAGAGCGAUACAAUGUCUACAUACAGGACUGGCAGGUCUCGCUCAUCUGGUCCUUCACUGUGUCCAUUUUUAGCAUUGGGGGCUUGCUGGGCUCGUUACUGGCAGCCCCGUGCCUGGGGGUUGUUGGCAGGAGAAAUUGUCUUUUGUUAAACAAUUUUGUGGCUAUAAUGGGAGCUGUGCUGAUGGUCUUGAGCCAAACAGCCAUGUCCUUUGAAAUGAUCAUGGUGGGGCGAUUUCUGUCCGGCAUCAAUUCAGGAAUCAGUCUGUCCGCUCACAGCUUGUACCUCACUGAAUGCACCCCAAAGAUGCUGCAAGGGAUGGUGGGCGUGACCAUCGCCACCUUCAUCGGCAUGGGGAAGUUCAGCGGUCAGCUUUUGGGCCUCAGUGAGUUACUUGGCACAGAGGAUAGAUGGCCCUGGCUGCUCGGCUUCAGUGGCUUCCCUGCACUAUUUCAGCUCGUCACCCUCCCGUUCUUGCCGGAGUCUCCCAAAUUCCUGCUGCUAAACCGAGGAGACCAGCCGGCCUGCGAGAAAGCUUUGACGAGGCUUUGGGGUAACAAGGACCACAGCGGGGAGGUGGCGGAGAUGUUGGAGGAGAAAGCUGCCCACCAGAACAUCCGAAGUCGCUCCGUGAUGGAGCUGAUUCGGGAAAGAAGCGUUCGCUGGCAGCUGAUGACCAUCAUCGUCACCUUCGUCUCGCUGCAAUUUUCUGGCAUCAACACAGUGUACGCCUAUUCCUUUGACGUGUUCCGUGCUGCAGGCAUUCACGAAUACCAGCUACGUUACACCACUUUGGGAAUGGGGAUGUGUGAAAUGUUUUCCUCUCUAGUGUGUUUCAUGAUCAUUGACAGCACGGGAAAGAAAUUGCUCCUCUUCGCAGGAUACAUCGCUAUGGCUGUCACUCUGGUGCUCCUCACCAUCACUAUCUAUCUGCAGCAUCACAUCUCCUGGAUAUCGUACUGCAGCAUGGCCCUCAUUUUCAUCUUCAUCUCCACUUUUUCCACUGGGCCAGGCGGAGUAAUAGCUCCUCUUCCGGGUCAAAUUUUCACUCAGGCUUUCAAAGCAAGUGCAUUCACUGUCGGCUGCACCAUCAAUUGGACUGGCAUGUUUAUAGUGGGGAUGACCUUCCCCAUCUUAGUGGACUACCUUGAUUCCUUCUGCUUUCUCAUAUUCUUUUUGGUGUGCUUUACUUCUGGGCUGUACGUGUACUUCAACGUGCCCAAGAUGAGGAAUAAAACAGCAUUGGAGAUCGCUGCUGACUUUCAGCAGAUGCACAGCAAGUCUGGAAGGUUGAAGAGGAAAAAAACAGAUGAGAAGCCACGUGAUGUCUUUAAAACAUACGAAACCAAAUUUUAGCUUUACUUGUCAAGUUCAGAUUGCAAAACUCAAAUAUGAAGAUAAAAUAGUUAGAAAAAAUGUGCUGAUAUUAGUUGCAAGGUAUACUUUCUUACAAACCCCAAUUCCAAUGACCUUGGGACGUGUAAAAUGUGAAUAAAAACAGAAUACAAUGAUAUGCAAAUCCUUCUCAACCUAUAUUAAAUUUAAUACACUACAAAGAUCAGCUUUUCAAUGUUCAAACUGAUCAACUUUAUUGCUUAAUUGCAAAUAUUCACAAAUUUUCGCAAGACGUUUAAAAAAAAAAACUUGGACGGAGACGAUUGGCUGGCGACCAGUUCAGGGUGUACCCCGCCUCUCGCCCAAAGAUAGCUGGGAUAGGCUCCAGCAUGCCCGCGACCCUAGUGAGGAUAGGGGGUACAGAAAAUGGAUGGAUAGAAUGGGACAGAGGCACGUUUACCACUGUAUUACAUCACCUUUUCUUUGCACUGAGGACACACACUGUUGAAGCUUUGUAGAUGGAAUUCUUUCCCAUUCUUGCUUGAUGACUUGACUUGACUUCAGUUGCUCAACAGUCUGGAGUCUCCUUUGUUGUAUUUCGCGCCACACAUUUUCCAAUGGAAGACAGGUGUGGUACAUGCACUCUUUUACUAUGAAGCCACGUUUUUGUAACACGUGCGGAAUGUGGCUUGAGCAUUGUCUUACUGAAAUAAACAGGGACGUCACUGAAAAAGAUUUUGCUUGGAUGGCAGCAUAUGUUGCUCCAAAACCUGUAUGUACCUUUCAGCAUUAAUGCUGUAUUCACAGAUGUGCAAUUUACCCAUGCGAUGGGCACCAACACACCCCAAUACCAUCACAGGUGCUGGCUUUUGAAGUUGAACUUUGAGCUGAUGGCAAUCAGGACGGUCCUUUUCGUCUUUGGCCCAGAGGGAACGACAUCCAUGAUUUCCAAAAACAAUUUGAAAUAUGGAGUCAUCAGACCACAGUACGCUUUUUACUUUGUGUCGCUCCAUCUCAGAUGAACUCAAGGCCAGAGAAGCCGGGUGCAUUACUGGGUGUUGUUGAAAUAUGGCUUUCACUUUGCAUGGUAGAGAUUUAACUUGUAGAUGUAACGACAACCUCUAAUAACUGACAAUGUUUUUCUGGAGGUUCCUGAGUCCAUGUGCCAAUAUCCUUCACACAAUGAUGUCGGUUUUUAAUGUAGUGCCGCCUGAGGGCUUGAAGCUCACGGGCGUUCAAAGUUGGUUUUCGGCCUUGCUGCUUGCAUGCAGAGAUUUCUCCAGAUUCUCUGAAUCUUUUAAUGAUAUUAUGGACCACUGAUGAUGAAAUCCUUAAAUUCUUUGUAAUCGUAAAUUGAGAAACGUUCUGCUUUUUGCUCAAGCAGUUGUCAAGUGGUGAACCUCAUGUUGGUGAACCCAUCAUUGCUUGUGAACAACUGAGCCUUUCGAGGAUGCUCCUUUUCAUGACACUCACCUGUUUCCAAUUACUUGUUGAAGCACUCCUCAACUUUCUCAGUCUUUUGUUGCCCCUGUCCCUGCUUUUUUGGAACGCGUUGCAGGCAUCAAAUUCAAAAUGAGUGAAUAUUUGUAAAAAAAACUAAUGUUAAUCAGUUAGAACAUUAAAUAUCUUGUCUUUGUAGGGUAUUCAAUUAAAUAUUCAUUUGCAGUACACAACGUCCCAACUUCAUUGGAAUUGGUGGGGUUCGCACAUGAGUGUGUGUGUGUGUGUGUGUCUGUGUGCGUGUUUUGUUUUUUUUUUUUAUAUCUUGAUGAGAUAUAACUUAUAUUAUAAAUAUAAAUAUUUUUGCGGUGUCGUGACUACUCUAUGCUUGGACUUCCCAUAGUUCUAAAGUUGUCUCAGCAAAGAUUAUACGUUGUACAUACUGCUUUUUGUUGUUGUAAUUUUCUGUUUGAAGCACAUUUUAUUUUUAUUUAAAGUUGUUAAUCACGCUGUAAAUAAUUGUAUCAUAUCAAAAACAGAAAAAAAUUGUAAUUCAUCAGCCAAUACAAAUGCUAGUAUAUACUCGUGUACUAAUACAGAUGUUGUUGUUC